ACAUUGAAGACAUGAAGAAGUUUCAUUCUUGUUGUGUUGUUUAUUAACAUCCACUGUUGAUCAGUCACUAGUUUUCAACUGCCAUGUUCUAACCUACCCAUCAUUCCCUGGGCUACCGUUUCUAUAGCAACUCUGAACAUUCCAAGUACAUAACAGAAAUGAUCGAAACACAAAUGAAAAUCAAACAGCCCCAAACACCUGAGGAUCAUGACAGCAUGGGCUCAUACUGUAAGGAGGAUUAGCAUUUGCAAGAAGAAAAUGAAUCUCGAGUGUAUGACCUGUUUCUAAGAGGGAAACAAAUGCACCGCGACCGGAGGGGAGUUUGAAAAUGGCUUUCCCAAAGCUGACUGGGUUAGUCCUGGUGACCCUGCUGCUGUACAGUGGUUGUCAGUCGCAGCCGUUUGAAUGUGGCCGUCUGACGACCAACACUCGAAUUAUUGGGGGUUUAGAUGCAUAUCUUGGGACGUGGCCAUGGCAGGCAAGUUUGCAUCAGAAUGGUUUUGCUUUCUGUGGAGGAUCGCUGAUCAGCCAUCAAUGGGUCCUGACUGCUGCUCACUGUGUAACAUGGUAUGACCUUUUCGUCACAGAAGUCCAGCUGGGUACUGUAGAACUGGAUGCUGUCAGCCCCCAUCGGGUGAAUCUAAGACUUGCUCAAAUCAUCUGCCAUCCUGCGUACGACUCUGAGACAUUUAACAAUGACAUUUGUCUUCUGAGGCUUUCAAAGCCUGUCAAGUUCACCAAGUACAUCCAACCAAUCUGCUUAGCUUCUGAAACCAGCGAUAUCCAUGACGGGAAAAAGGCCUGGGUUACUGGUUUUGGUGUGACUGGUAAGAUAUGUGGGAUUGCAACUGGUUCAUCAUCUAACAAGUUGAAGGAGGUAGAUGUACCAAUUAUUGGAAGAAAGAGGUGUAGAUGCUACUAUAAACAGAGUGCCUCAAUCACAGACAACAUGAUAUGUGCUGGAUAUUUUGAUGGAAGAAAGGAUUCAUGUCAGGGAGACUCAGGGGGCCCACUAAUGAUAAAAAAGGGCCGCAAGUGGGUCCAGGCUGGGAUCGUGAGCAUGGGUGAAGGCUGUGCCCUCCCACUGUCACCUGGAGUCUACACUCGAGUGUCCCAGUAUGAGACUUGGAUCAAAGACAUGGUCACUGGCACGACACCGGGCUUUGUCACCUUCACUUCUCCUGGCAUUGACAAGGAUUUAAGUUACUUCUGUCACCUCAAUGGGACGGUUGAUGAGAAAUCUUUUGGUGGUGGUGAAAACCUGAGUCCUUUCAAUCACUCAUUGGCGUUCUCUGUUCUUGCAACAUUUCUCCAUGUAUUUUUUGGCAAAGAAUACAUUUAAAUACACAGUGACUUCCUGAGUGCUCAAA